AUGGCUAUGAACCAACUACAGAACUUGCUGCACGACUCACUUAUAGCGACGGGACAUGUCGAGAAUUGUGCUCUUAUCCGUCGAAAUGACGCCUCUUUGCGGGCUUCGUCUGUUGGAUUUGUCGUAAGUACACAAACUUUUUUGGCACAGUUUUAAGCUUGUUUUCAUUGUAAAUAACUUCUAAUAUAAAAACACGGAUAUAUUUGACUAAAACAUGUUGUUUUUAUUUUAUUCUUAGCCAACAACAAUUGAAAUAAAUGCAUUUAUCGACGCAUUUAAAACGCCAUCUGAAACGCGAGAACGAGGCAUUAAAAUUGGGGAAGAAAUAUUUGCUUGCUUUCGGGCUGAUAAAUUUUCAAUUUAUGCUAAACGGGUACGAGUUAUUUUGCAUUGUAAAUGCCAUGUUUAUGCAACUUUCUGUCCAGUUUUUGACCUCAGGUUUUGACGUUAAUUCGAAGGGUUUGAAAAAUAUUUUGCCGAAGUGUUUAAACUUUUCAAAAUGGCGGCAUUUCCCGCCAUUGUUUCCGGGCUGGGGGGGGGGUGGGUCGUUUUCUGUUUCAGUGAAAGUAGUAUUCUGUAGUAUUGAGGGCCCCCUAUACCUCUUCACAAUAUGCUUUCACAUAAAAAUAUUUUGCCUUUUCACGAGUCACAGAUUAAGAAAAUCAUCGAUCACGUUUCACGGCUAAGUAAAAUAAACCCUUCACGCAAAACGUAUAGGGGGCCCGAUCACGUUUCACGGCUAAGUAAAAUAAGCCUUUCACGCUUCACGCAAAAAGUAUAGGGGGCCCUCAGUAUUUUGUAAGCUACCAUGACUUGUGUUUGGAAUGACUGAAAAAGACAUCUCAAACAUAGGGUCUACCUGUCUAGUGUAGGUCGAUUGCUGUGACCAGUUUGUGUCUCGACUACCUGAAACUGAUGUUUCAAGAAGGUGAACUGACAUCUCAAAAAUUAAAUCUUGAUGACUACUGAAACUUGUUAUGUAAACUGGUCCAUAUCCUUAGGGACCGUUCAUUAUUUAUACUUGGGGUUGGUACCGAAGAGAAGCGAAAAACACUGUAAUUUUUUUAUUUACCCAAUGUCAACAUUGGUCAAAACAAUGUUAUAAUUACCCAACCCAGUGUUACUGUACUGCAUAAUAAUUAUUACACACAGGAUUAUGGUGACAGAAAUCAAGUUGCCUAAAUUCUAAAAGCUCACUGACACUCAAACUCACUGAGUGUGCCAAAGCAAUCACGUUCCUGCUGAUCAAUGAUAGAGUCCUUCCUCAAUCACUGAUGGUCUAUUUUGGUACAGAAUGUAUUGUACACAUUUUUCUUCAUAUUUUCCAAUGCAUGGUAAUUUUAGUUUUAUUUUCAGCUGACAGACAGCCAUAAAUUUUUUUACCCAACCCAUGAGUUAGUCAAAAACUUGAUAUUUCCCAACCCAUAUAUAAAUCUUUGGUACCAACCCUGGGGAAAAAUAAUGAACAGUCCUUUAUAUCUUGCAAGAUUUCUGCAUUUUCAAAUAUUUAACCCAUUCCCCCUUGAGGAGUAAAAUCGUCUGGCAUUAGAGUAAAAUAAUAAAGUAGCUAGGGUGCAAUGCAACUGAAUGGGUUAAUAAAUCUCACAGGAAUCAAGAGGGAUAAUUCUGGUAAGAACAUCAACAUUGAUUUUGGUUGCGACAUAUUCUGCUGAGAUGUAUCCAAGUGUUUGUGUUGAAGCUAUUGAAAAACUUGGUAAGAUGUAUAGGUUAUUUUGAGGCAACGAGGGGAUAUGUGAUUUAUUCACUGAGGUGCGUAGCGCCAAGGUGAAUAUUAAACACAUAUCCCUGAGGAGCCUCAAAAUAACAUACUUAUUUUUUCACAUAAUUUGUGAGGUCGCGUUAAUGAGUCAGAAUAGAAAUAAUUCUUAAUGCCGUAUUGCCUUCGUUAUGUUGUUUUUUUUUCUCAUUUUUUGUGCUGCAAAGACAUUGCAGGUGAAUAUUAGAGGGAUUAUUAAACAGUAAUAGAUUAGAGGAGAAUAUUGAAUAUAUUCCCCGAUAAGAACAAAGGAAAACGAGCAGGGUGAAAAAUAACUCUUCUUAUUGGGUCAUAGGGAGUGGGGGGGAGUUGAAGGAUUUUAGUUGAUGGAAAUUUUGAUUGAAAAUUUGAUGCAUUUUUGACCUAAUGAGAAGCAGAUUUUAAACCCUUUGAGUUUCACUAAGCCCUAUCAUGCAACAGAUGGUGGUAAUUUGUAGUUCUAUUUUCUCAUGCUUCUACACAGUGGCGGAAAUUCACUUUCUCUGGUGGGGGGCAAAGCCUCCUAAAUUUCUGACAACCCCACCCCCCCCAUUUGCACUCUAAAAGAUUGUUUUUAGCCCUCUUUUAGAUCAAAAUUUCUGUAAAUUCGUCAAUUUUCUGUGAAGAUGGGGGCGGCCUCCGCCCACCAAGAUUUCCACCACUGCUCCUAUAUACACCUGCUUCUGAAUAUUCCCACCAUCUGCUGGCCUAUAUAAGCUUCCUGAAACUCGUGUGGUAUUUCAUUAUUUUAGCUGACUAUUUCCGUGAGAAAGGAAAGUGAUAACAGAUCAAUAUCUCUCAAACGUCUUCUGUUGACAAAGUAA